GCCAGAUAACCUUUAUUGAAUAGGAAGAAGAAAUAUGCUCCGCAUCAGCAUGCCGAGGUAGUUUAUUUUGCCAUGGACAAUUUACGAGUACUCGAGCUGUAUAGUGGCAUUGGAGGAAUGCAUUAUGCGUUAAAGGAGAGUGGCAUACCUGCCCAAGUUGUAACUGCCAUUGACAUAAACACCACAGCAAAUCAAGUCUACAAGCACAACUUCCCCGACACUGCCCUCUGGAACAAGACUAUUGAGGGCAUAACGUUAGAUGAAUUCAACAAGUUGUCUUUUGAUAUGAUAUUGAUGAGUCCUCCUUGCCAGCCCUUUACCAGGAUUGGCCUUCAAGGUGAUGUUACUGACCCUAGAACCAAGAGCUUCCUUUACAUCCUUGAUCUUCUGCCAAGGCUGCAGAGGCUACCACGUUUCAUCCUGCUGGAGAAUGUGAAAGGCUUUGAGACCUCCUCUGCCAGAGCACGUUUGGUGAAAACGCUGACGGAAUGUGGAUAUACUUUCCAGGAAAUCAUGAUCUCACCCAUAAGUGUUGGGAUCCCAAAUUCAAGACUCCGUUAUUUUCUGAUUGCAAAGAUUUCCACAGAAGAUUUAAACACCCAGGCACCUUCAAAGAUUUUAGACUUCUUCCCACAUCUUGCUGAGAGCGAUUCUUCUGAGCAUCCUACAUUUUUGAGUCCUGCCUGUCAAGGUGCCAGCCAGCCAGAGGAAGGAACUGAUGUCCUGUUUAAGCUAGAGACAACAGCAGAAGCCCAGAGGAAGAUUCGUCAGAACAGCAAUUUGUCUGUUAAGCAGAUCAAAGAAUUCUUGGAACCACAAAUGGAAGUAAACAUGGAGCCUUAUCUCCUUCCUCCUAAAACACUGUUGCGAUAUGGUCUAGUUUUGGACAUUGUUCAGCCCACAUGCAGGAGGUCUGUCUGCUUCACUAAAGGCUAUGGCCGGUAUGUGCAGGGAACAGGUUCAGUAUUGCAGUGUUGCAUGGAAACCAAGAUUGAAAGUGUCUUUAUGGGUCUGGACCAGUGUUCUGAGGAGGAGAAACUUCAGCGGCUGUUAAAACUGAAGCUUCGUUAUUUUAGUCCCAGAGAAGUAGCCAACCUCAUGGGAUUCCCUCAAAAUUUAAUCUUUCCAGAAAAGAUCCCUACCAUUCAGCAAUAUAGACUGCUGGGAAACAGCCUCAAUGUUGUUGUGGUGGCAAAACUUCUGCAGCUGUUGGUCUCCUAACACUUCCGGGGAAGACACCAUUUUUGUACAUGAUUGGAUUAUAUUACAAUGCCCCUGUAUAGCUGAAUGUAUAUUUGAGAUUUUGUAUGAAUGGUCAUUCUUUCAAUAUUCAUAAAACACAAAAAUAGGUUUUGUGAUCACCAUUACCCAAUUUAAAAUCAGUGCCUCUCACAUGUGUUUUAAGUAAUGUGUAUAUCUUCUGUUUCAGUGUGAUUUUAUUUUUCUCUCAUCACAAUAUAUUUUCUAAUAAAAAUAAGUCUAAAAACUGUAGAGCACAUUUUGUACAGUA